CGUCAGUGCGCAAAUCCCAGCAGAGAGCGACGCGGAGCGGCUGCGUUCACUGCGCUGCGCCUUCAACCAGCACCGGCGGGGCGGAGGAGGAGGAAGCUGCACCUUCUGCCGCCGUCUGCAGCGACGCACAGCCCGGACACCCAGCUCGCCUCCGGAGCCCUCCGUAUGGGCUCACCAUGCGCAGGAUACGGGCCAACGCCAUCGCCAUUCUGACCGUCGCCUGGAUCCUGGGGACGUUUUAUUACCUGUGGCAGGACAGCAAGCCCCAGUCUGCCGCCGCGUCGUCGUCGUCGUCGGCGGCGGCGGCGGCGCAGACCCGCAGGGGCCACGGGCAGAAGGCAGCGGUGCCCGGGCGGCUGGAGAUCAUCCACCGGGACGACAGGACCAUCCCGCUCAUAGUGACCCAGCCUCCUCGCUCCGAGCAGAACCAGAACCAGCAGCUCGGCAGCUUCGAUGAGAAGUCGUAUCUGUCGGCCAAGCAGCUGAAGCCGGGCGAUGAUCCGUACAGAGAACACGCCUUCAACCUGCAGGAGAGCGACCGGCUGGGCGGAGAACGAGCCAUCAGAGACACCCGACACUACAGGUGUGCGGCUCUGAACUAUGACGCCGACCUUCCCUCCACCAGCAUCAUCAUCACCUUCCACAACGAGGCUCGCUCCACGCUGCUGCGCACCAUCAAGAGUGUCCUGAUGCGAAGUCCUCCGUCUCUGAUCCAGGAAAUCAUCCUGAUAGACGACUUCAGCUCGGACCCUGAGGACUGCCAGCUGCUCGCUCAGAUCCCCAAAGUCCGCUGCCUGAGGAACGGCAGGAGAGAGGGUCUGAUCCGAUCACGUGUUCGAGGAGCCAACUCUGCCUCGGCCUCCAUCCUGACCUUCCUGGACAGUCACUGCGAGGUGAACGCCGACUGGCUGCAGCCGAUGAUCCAGAGAGUGAAGGAGGAUCAUACUCGAGUGGUCAGCCCCAUCAUUGACGUCAUCAGUUUGGAUAACUUCGCCUACUUGGCUGCGUCUGCUGACCUGAGAGGAGGGUUUGACUGGAGUCUCCACUUCAAAUGGGAGCAGAUUCCCAUCGAGCAGAAAAUGGCGAGAAGCGACCCGACACAGCCCAUAAGGACUCCCGUCAUCGCUGGCGGCAUCUUUGUCAUGGACAAGAGCUGGUUCAACCAUCUCGGCCAGUAUGACACCCACAUGGACAUCUGGGGAGGAGAGAACUUUGAGCUUUCAUUCCGGGUGUGGAUGUGCGGAGGAAGCCUGGAGAUUCUUCCCUGCAGCCGCGUCGGUCACGUUUUCCGGAAAAGGCAUCCGUACGACUUCCCCGAGGGCAACGCUCUCACCUACAUCAAGAACACCCGGCGGGCGGCUGAGGUGUGGAUGGAUGAGUAUAAACAGUACUACUACUCUGCAAGGCCGUCGGCUCAAGGGAAGGCCUUUGGCAGCAUCACAGACCGUCUGACGCUGAGGAGGAAGCUGAACUGCAAACCAUUCCGCUGGUACAUGGAGAACGUCUAUCCAGAGCUGAGGGUCCCUGAGCAGGAAGCGGUGUCCAGUGUGCUGAAACAAGGCGGUUUGUGUCUGGAGACCCGUGGGACCGACGGCCUCGGCCUGGCAGAGUGUCGGAGCAUCGGAGGCAGCAGACCGCCAUCACAGAGAUGGGAGCUAAUAGAGCCGCUGAUCCGACAGCAGGACCUCUGCUUGGCCAUUUCUGCCUUCACAGCGGGAUCGAAGGUCAAGAUGGAGCCCUGCAGUACGAAAGAGCCCAGACAGAAGUGGAAGCCGAAGGGCCCGGCUCUGCAGCACAUGGUCAGCGGCCUCUGCCUGGACAGCCAGACCCCGACGGGACCCCUGGUCAUCUCUCAGUGUCGCCCCCAGAUGGCCAGUCAGUCCUGGGAGCCGCAGAUCAUCACCUGAAGAGCGGAUCCUUCACCCGGCCUGCAGAGGGACUCAUCGGUUACCUGCACACUGUCUGUCGCCUUGCUGAGGAAUGGAAGGAGUGAGGACUUUUGCGAUGUCGAGCUGAAAACAUUUUCAGUUUUCAAGAGGCAUCGCUGAGCAAAAACAUCGGGAUGUCUGUGUACAGUGCUUCAUCUGUCGAGGAUGCUGCAGUUUCUUCUACGUAAUCGACGCUUUUCACUGACAACUGUUGCACAUCUCACUUUUCUUUUUUCGUUUUCUGUGAUUCCUGCUCCACGGCUUGCUUAAGUUGGGGAUAUUGAGGGUUGUUUCGUUUUAAGUUUGCCCAUUUUUGGGUUGAAGCGUGUCUGACGGGCCGGAGCAGCUUUAUGUAUAGCCUCUGAAAAUCUGAGCUUUUUUCUUUUUUCUUCUUCUUAUUGCUGAACAGCAGCAGUCUUGAAAGCACCAUGCAAAGCACCAUCAGGAACAUUAUUUAUUGUUUUGCAUGGUCAGACCCAAAGAAUGUUUUUCUUUUCUUUCUCUGUCUCUCUAUAAAAGUUUUCUGUAAAUAUUUGAAGCAGGUAAUGGCUUGUUUUUUGUGUAAAGUCCUCUGUAUGUUGUUUGAAAAAUCAAAUGUGGUAACAAAGACAUUACUGUUAUAGACAUUUGUAAAAUAAAUUGCAGUCUUGCGCUGUUUGGUCUUGAA